CAAUUACAGUAUAUCCUCUUUUCUUAAACCUACAGACCAUAUCUUUUGCUUUCAUUUCAAAAUCUUCUUUAGAAUCGCAGAUGUGUCUAAGCCUUUGGAAUUGACCAAAUUGAAUAUUAUUAAUUAGCCACGAGCAAUGGACCAAUGGAAUCCAGUGGAAAGUGAUGAGGAUGUCCCGGCCCUUACUCAAGAAAGGGCUUGGAAAAACUUCAACAAAGAGAUGGAGGGAGUAUUCCAUAGCGACCUGAGUGAACGGGUUCGACCCUAUCUGGACCUCAUCGACUCACUGCGUAUGAUUGGCAUCGAUCAGGAUCUGACCCUGCCUGCCAUAGCUGUGAUUGGUGACCAAAGCUCAGGGAAGAGCUCCGUGCUGGAGGCGCUGUCUGGAGUGGCUCUCCCCAGAGGAAGUGGCAUUGUGACUCGAUGCCCACUGAUGCUGAAGCUGAGGAAGCUGAAGGGCGGUGUGCAGUGGAGGGCGAUCAUCUCCUACAAAGACACGACUACUGAGUUCACAGACCCCUCUCUGGCUGAGGACUAUGUCAAUGAGGCCCAGAAUGAGCUGGCUGGAGACGGUGUUGGGAUCUGUGAUGAGCUGAUCAUUCUGGAGAUCCUGUCCCCUGAUGUGUGUGACCUCACUCUGAUUGAUUUACCUGGCAUUGCCCGGGUUCCUGUGAAAGGCCAGCCUGAAGACAUCGGAGACCAGAUUAAAAGGCUCAUUCUCAGUUUUAUUGAGAAGAGUGAGACAAUAAUCUUGGUGGUGGUUCCAUGUAAUGUUGACAUAGCAACAACUGAAGCUCUCAGAAUGGCCCAGGAAGUUGACCAAGAAGGGAAAAGAACUUUGGCUAUUCUGACUAAGCCAGACCUCGUAGAUCGUGGCACAGAAAAGACUGUUUUGGAUAUUGUUAACAAUCGUGUCAUCCCGCUGAGCAAAGGCUACAUAGUUGUGAAGUGCCGUGGUCAGCAGCAAAUUCAGGACAGGAUUCCUCUAGUCGAGGCCACCAGGAUGGAGAGAGAUUUCUUCAGACAACACAAGUACUUCAGUGGUCUUCUCAAUGAGGAAAAAGCCACAACUCAGUGCCUUUCUACCAAACUGACCCAGGAUCUGGUAGACCACAUCAAAAAAGCACUGCCAACAUUAUCAGAGCAGGUUAAGAUGGAGCUUCUUCAGUCAAGAACAUUAGUCAGUGAAUGCACAGAAGGCCCACCCUCGGAACACCAGCAAAAGAAAGCUUACCUGAUUGAUAUCUUGUCAUUGUUCAAUGAGAACAUCAACAACUUGAGUGCCGGUGAGGUGGUGAAUGAGGAGAACCUAUUCAUUAUCCUGCGCAACCAUUUCCAGUUAUGGAACACUGAACUUCUAAACAGUCAAGAGUCCUACGCUAAAAUGGUACAGGAUGCUGCAAAGGAGUAUGACCUGAAGCACAGGGGAAGAGAGCUCCCUGGUUUCAGCAACUACAAGGUGUUUGAGAUGGUCGUCCAGAAACUGGUGAAGAAGUUAGAGGGCCCUGCGCUAGAGACUUUGAAAGUCAUCAGAGAAACCGUGCAGGCACAGCUCAAUGACGUUUCAAAAACAAGUUUCUCAAACUACCCUUUCCUUCACUGUGUCGCAAUGAACAAGAUAGACCAGAUCCAGUCGAGACAAGAGGCCAAGGUGGUGGAGAGGAUCCGGGAGCAGUUUGAGAUGGAGAAGCUGGUCUACACACAAGACACCAUCUACUUCAAGUCCCUGACAAAGAUGGAGGAAUCAUCACCUGUGAACUGGGCUGAUUUUGACAUGAGAAGCAAAUACCCUGAGAUGCUCCAGGCAUACUAUGAGAUAGUGAUUCAGCGCCUGGCGGAUCAGAUCCCCAUGCUGAUCCAGUUCUUCCUGCUGAAGCAGUCAGCGCGAGUGCUGUGUGCGGAGAUGCUGAGCCUCAUCGAGGGGGUGGAUUUGGACAAGGCCCUGUGUGAGGGCUCAGAUGCCGGCCGCCGCCGCAACGAGUUGCAGAGUCGCAUCGAGCGUCUCAGCUUUGCUCAGGAGAAACUCAGCCAUUUCCUCUGACGUGUGUAAUAUGAACUAGGGACCAUUUUAGUAGUGACACUACACUACAGUAGUGUGAUAUUGGUGAGGUAAAAAAUUAAAUAAAUCUGUUUGAACUUUUACCCAGAAUGAUUAAAUGUUUGGCCAAGUCAUAAAAGACAGAGGGCCAUGUAGAAAAGAAGAAUAGAAAACGUCUCUAAAUGUAAUUGUUGAUUAAACUGAGAAAAUAUUAAAUGAUUUUUUGGAGAAAAAA